CCCGCCUGCCUGCCCGCCAUGGAGCCCGGCCCCGAUGGCCCAGCUGCAUCCGGCCCUGCCGCCAUCCGCGAGGGCUGGUUCCGCGAGACCUGCAGUCUGUGGCCCGGCCGGGCCCUGUCGCUGCAGGUGGAGCAGCUGCUCCACCACCGGCGCUCGCGCUACCAGGACAUCCUAGUCUUCCGCAGUAAGACCUAUGGCAACCUGCUGGUGUUGGACGGUGUCAUCCAGUGCACGGAGAGGGACGAGUUCUCCUACCAGGAGAUGAUUGCCAACCUGCCUCUCUGUAGCCACCCCAACCCGCGAAAGGUGCUGAUCUUCAGGGACGGAGAUGGAGGUGUCCUGCGUGAGGUGGUGAAGCACCCCUCCGUGGAGUCUGUGGUCCAGUGUGAGAUAGACGAGGAUGUCAUCCAAGUCUCCAAGAAGUUCCUGCCAGGCAUGGUCAUUGGCUACUCUAGCUCGAAGCUGACCCUACAUGUGGGUGACGGUUUUGUGUUCAUGAAACAGAAUCAGGAUGCCUCCGAUGUGAUCAUCACUGACUCCUCAGACCCUAUGGGCCCCGCCGAAAGUCUCUUCAAGGAGUCCUAUUACCAGCUUAUGAAGACAGCCCUCAAGGAAGAUGGUGUCCUCUGCUGCCAAGGCGAGUGCCAGUGGCUGCACCUGGACCUCAUCAAGGAGAUGCGGCAGUUCUGCCAGUCCCUGUUCCCCCUGGUGGCCUACACCUACUGCACCAUCCCCACCUACCCCAACGGGCAGAUCGGCUUCAUGCUGUGCAGCAAGAACCCGAGCACCAACUUCCAGGAGCCUGUGCAGCCGCUGAUGUGGCAGCAGGUGGCACAGAUGCAGCUGAAGUACUACAACUCCGACGUGCACCGGGCCGCCUUCGUGCUGUCCGAGUUUGCUCGCAAGGCCCUGAAUGAUGUGAGCUGA